ACCAUAACUUGUUGUGGUGCGGUAGAUCAAUAAUAACUCAAAAGAUGGCGGUUCCAGCUUCAUUUGCUGCUGUUAAGACUCAUCUUGAGCAAAUACAGCGCACUCCUCCCACCGCUCUCGACAUACCCCUCCUGGAGAAGCUGAAGGCAGAGCUUACGCAGAGUACAGACAGCGGGGUUUCCGGUACUCUUCUAGUGCAGAUUACCCAGAUCCUGCCCGCUCUACAGGAGGACCCUACUCCAGUCACAACGCUUGGGAUCCGUGCGGCUGAAUACCUUACCUUCGCGGAUCUCCGCUCCGUGAAUCCUCCCGUGGACUUCAUCGCGGGCCUCAAGGCCCCAUCGCCACCGGUCAACCUGCUUGCUCUGUCUUUGCUGGGCAAGGCAGGCCAGGUUCCAAGUGAUGCGGCUAUUGUUGCAGGAGAGCCGGUGCUGGUGGCUUCUCUGAUCGAGCUCUGGCUGUCCACGUCCUCCUCGACGGUGGCCCAGGCUGCUUUUGAUACCAUCUGGGCACUUUUGAAAGUCGACCUUGCUACUCCCUUUGAAAAUGAUGAAGCUGGCCAAGAAAGCCAAAGAUCGGGUCCGGGACAAGGUCUAAUGUGGCGACGAGUGUUUGCCGAUAAGGAUGUCUACGGUUUCUUGUUCGCUUCUUGCAGUUUUGGAGCCGAUGGCCCAGGACACAUGUCAAAACGUGAGAAGACGCUGGCGCAAGGCAGGUUGAUGGAGUUUCUGUUGAAGGCCGGUCGACUACGCUGGGACCUUGUCACGACUUCUCAGGUUCCAGAGGUGGAGGCUAGGUAUCGAACCAGCAGUCUGCUGUACUUUGCAGCUUGCCAAAUGGUGGACACAAGCGAUGUGCUGAUGCACAUGACUCUACUGAAUUUUCUUCGCGGUUUACUCGAGAUCGACGCGCCCGGACUCGAGAUGAAAACUGUUGUUCACUCUGCCUCGAGUUUCUCUUCUCCCGCGCUAGACUUUCUGGUUGAGCAGAAGCUUCAUUCGAGAGUCGUGAGCUACUAUCUCGAGGAAUCAAGACUGGAUCCUGUCGAUCUAAAUUAUCUUUCCGGGCCGAUCAUGGCGUACGUGGCACAAUAUGCAGAACUAUACCCCAACCACCUCCUUCAGAGCCCGCAACCACUUUUGGACGGGAUCUUGUCACGCAUAAAUCAAGCUCUAGAGAUGUCGCCUGCGAGGUGGGCACAUGGGCCUGUUCCUGCCGGUCACCUCGCCGUUCUCUCUUCUCUACCCCGGGUUUUACUUGUGGAAGCCGGCCGACGCCCCGGCAAUCCCUUUCUGGCUCUCCCUACAAGCCCUCCAUGUAAAGAGGUAUUGGAGGCUCUGGCAAAGAUUCUACACGGGCCGCCAAAACCGAAAGAAAGCCAGGUGGUGGAAUUGAGUAUGUCCGGUCAGACUCCAACAGACUGGCACAGGGAAGCUGCAGCGGCACGGGCACUCUACUUCAUCUACCUGAACAACAAUGCCAGUCUCUGGGCGAAUGUCGUAACCGCAGCUGAUGUCCUGGCUAUGAAAGAUGUCUCUUUAUCGGCUAUAGCGCUCAUGAAAGCCAUCGUCACGGCAAAUUGGCAUGUCCUUCUGACGGAAUUAAUACAGUCACAGUCAAGUCAGCGGAAUUUCUCAAUCCCGUCAGAGACCGACUUGGAAAGAAUGGCUCCUGAAUCUCAGAGAGUACUUCCAUCUUCGGGAGUGUGGGCUAUUCUCACCCCUCCAGCAUUGACUACUCUGCUUCCAUACCUCUUUAAACCGCCACGGUCGUACGCCGAGUUCGCUGGUGGUGGGGCUGGAGAUGCCGAGAAUGCGGUGUGGAAGAUCGCCACUGCCAAGUACGAGGUUCUAGUUGCUUUGUACGACCGCUUGAAGGAGAAUACCGCGCAGGUGGAGGGCUUUGAGGAUAUCGUACGGACCUUGAGGCAGCGUGUGAGCGAGGGGCCAUGGGGGCCUGUAACUCAAACGGGGAGCCGAGUGGAUGCUAUUGGGAUGUAA